AUGGCGCUCAUUAAAUGCGCCCUUAUGACAUGGUGCCAUUUGCCACCUCCGCUGGCGUCAUCGUACGGCUCGACGAUGUGUCCGAUGGGAUAUCGGCGGUUUGAAAUGAACGGCCUGAUGCGAGCCUCGGUUCCUGUGACCUGCAUCCAACGGUCGAGGCAGAUCAGACUCGACCUUAUAAAGCCUUCGCCUUCUUCCUCCGCCGCACCCUUGCCUUCGCGUGUCCCGCAGCCUUCCUCGAUGCUUCAGCGUUCCGACGACUUUGAUUUUCCCUUCUCCGAUGAUUCUCCACCUUCUUCCUUCGAUCCUCAACUCCCUUGUAAGAAGAAAGCGGUCGCGCUCGAAGCGGCAGCGGCCAAGGAAAUGGAGCAACUGGGCAUUGCUCCAGUCGGCUCUCAUGAGGACGAGAGCGAAGCGCAGGUAGGCGAGUCGGCCGCUCAGGCUUCGCCAAUGGAUGCUACCGCCGAUGCAACUUCUGGCAAAGAACCGGCCGUUCAGGAGGAAAAUUUCGAUCCGGAUGACGAGCUCCCACUCAAUAGGAAGAGACGGAGAGUUGAAAAGCCCCUCCGUUCGGCAACCUCUGCCGUGCAAGCGUCUGAGCGGACGGGCACCGCCUCUCCACACGGCCAAGCACCAUCGGUCGAGGCGCUAUCCUCCGACCAGACUCCUUCUCAACUGGAGGCGCCUGCAGCUCCCAUCGAAGCGGCUCCGGUUGCCUCCCUUCCUCCUGCACCACGCCGAGUCCUCCGCUCGGGCAUUUUGUCCACCUUCUCCAGCCCAGCCUCUGAUCCUUUGGCGUCCGCUCAGACGACUCCUGGCCAGCGACGCACAAUUAGGGCUACUCUGCACCUCCCUACUAAGGCUUUUAUGGCCGAGUCUGAUCGGCCUACGACCCCCGAGCAUAUGAUCACUAUGAAGGGGCCCCUUGCUAAAAUGUGGGCAGACGCUCGGGCCCGUGUGGCCAUGAUACCACUCGACAAGCUGGCGGAUAACCACAUGCAGCAGUCCACCGGGCGAUGGGUGGAAGAGAUUGCUGUCUCCAACCACUUGGCGAUGGUGGAGGAAGAGUUGAAGAGGUUGAAGAGUCAGGGCGGUCCGUCAUCUUCCCGAGGCCCUUCUUAUGCCGAGCUGCAGAAGGAGCUCGACAAAACCAAGGAUCUGUUAGAGGCCGAGCGGAAGAAGACGGCCGAUCAGGCCUACAUGUUGGACCAGCUAGACAAGAAGGUCAAAUCCUAUGAUCUCAAGAUUGAGCUGGCCACCACUCAGAAGAACACCGCCAUCGCCGAUCUGGAAAAGAAGAACGUGGAAGCCCGCGCUCUGGAGCAGCGCGUGAAUGAGCUAGCCGAGCUGCUAGAAGGUGAGCAGAACGGCCGCUCGACGGAGGUGACCAAACUCAAGGAUGAUUUGAAGGAAUUGCAGGGGGCUCUUGAUGCUUCCCGUGCUGCCUUCAAAGAGUACUAA